CCUGUUACUGUGGAGAUUAGGAGGGUCCUACAUGUGGCUCAACUUCUCUCACAUGUGGUCUGCUGCCCUGUCGUCAUGCGUUAGAAGUUUCUGAACUUGUCUUCAUUCGUGUCCGCACAAUGUUGUUUGGAAAACAAACGCCAUGGCGGCGUUUGGAGGGGAUGUCAUUCGGUUUGUACUCUGCCGAAGAGUUAAGAAAGUUGAGUGUGAAGGCAAUCAACAACUGGAGGUUCCUUGAUGGAGUUGGGAAUAUGGCCCCGAACAGUCUGUACGACACGGCACUUGGACCUGCGGACAACAAGGAGGUCUGUUCAACUUGCUGUCAGGACUUCAACAGCUGUCCAGGACAUUUGGGUCAUGUUGAUCUCCCUCUGCCUGUGUACAACCCCUUGUUUUUUGAUAAACUGUACCUGUUGAUGAAGUCGGUGUGUUUUGCCUGCAACUCUUUAACCUGUCCACGGGCGUCAAUGCACCUGCUGAUGAAUCAGUUAAAGUUACUGGAGCAUGGAGCCUUCGAAGAGGUUUACCAGGCAGAGCAUGUUCUCAACCUGUUUCUGGAGGAGAAUCCCAAACCCACUGGGGAUGAGAUUGAACAAGUCCUGACCGAGUAUACAGAUGCCAUAAUUGCCGUCAAAAAUAAAAGUCCAGAAAACAGGAAACCGAUAAAACAUCUUGUAGAAAAGAGGAACAGCCUCAUAAAUGACUUUUGGAGGACCCAGAUUAAAUCCAGGAAGUGUCCUGUAUGCAGCUGUGGGAGUUUCCACAUCCGCCGUGAACACAACAGCAAGCUAUUGGUCUCAGUACCUGCUGGAGCCCAAGACUCUGAAUUUAAACUUGAUGAGGACUUUGUGGCCGGGAAAAGAGUUUAUCUGACUCCAAGUACUUCCCGAGAGCAUGUGAUCAAGCUGUGGAAGAAAGAGGGUUUCUUCUUGAAGUGCCUCUUUUCUGGGCUGGUGGAUGGAUCUGCAGAAAAAAGCAGUUUCAGCCCUGACCUGUUCUUCUUAGAGUUGUUAAUGGUUCCACCGUGCAGGUAUCGACCGAUUAACCGACUGGGCGACCAGAUGUUCACCAAUGGUCAGACGGUGAAUAUGCAAGCUGUGUUAAAAGACUGUGAAAUAAUCCGGAAACUUCUAGCCUUAAUGGCAAUAGAUAAAGAUGUGGAGAAUGAAGAGGUCCCUGAACAGAUGGACCAGACCUUUCUUACAGGAAUUCCUGGUCAGACAUUAACAGAUAAACUCUACACCAUCUGGGUCCGCCUGCAGUCACAUGUCAACAUUGUCUUUGACAGUGACAUGGACAAGUUGAUGACAGAGAAAUUCCCUGGAAUCAGACAGAUUUUGGAGAAGAAGGAGGGAUUGUUCCGGAAGCACAUGAUGGGGAAGAGAGUGGAUUAUGCUGCUAGGUCUGUCAUCUGUCCGGACAUGUACAUUGGGACCAACGAAAUCGGGAUUCCCAUGGUUUUUGCCACCAAACUGACCUACCCACAGCCCGUCACCCCUUGGAAUGUGAAGGAGCUGCGCCAAGCAGUCCUUCAUGGGCCGCAUGUCCACCCUGGUGCCACUAUGGUGAUCAAUGAGGAUGGUAAAAAAACCAUCCUGUCUACAAGCCUAGCACAGAGAGAAGCUGUGGCAAAGCAGCUGUUGACUCCCUGCUCCGGCCCUCACAAGAUGCCCAUGAAAAUAGUGAAUCGUCACAUUAAAAAUGGGGACGUGCUGUUGCUGAACAGGCAGCCCACCCUGCAUAGGCCGUCUAUCCAGGCUCACUGUGCUCGAAUCCUACCGGGAGAGAAGGUUCUACGGCUUCACUAUGCCAACUGUAAGGCUUACAAUGCUGACUUUGACGGAGAUGAGAUGAAUGCUCAUUUCCCUCAGAGCGAACUGGGCAGAGCGGAGGCCUAUACUUUAGUCAGCACAGACCAGCAGUAUCUUGUCCCCAAGGAUGGUAAACCGCUGGCUGGCCUGAUCCAGGACCACAUGGUGUCAGGUACCAGGAUGACCAUACGAGGUUGCUUCUUUACAAGAGACCAGUACACAGAGCUGGUGUACAGAGGACUGACAGACAAACCAGGCAGAGUAAAGCUGCUGCCACCGGCAAUAUUCAAACCUCAGCAACUGUGGACUGGAAAGCAGGUAGUGUCGACGCUCGUUCUCAACGUUAUCCCAGAGAAGGCCGUGCCCUUGAACCUGGUGGGGAAAUCAAAGAUUCCCAGCAAAGCAUGGAUCCAGCUACCUCCUCGCAGUGCUCCUGGAUAUAAACCGGAGGAGAUGUGUGACUCACAGGUAGUGAUUCGUCAGGGUGAGCUGCUGGUCGGGGUCCUGGACAAAGCUCACUACGGCUCAUCGGCUUACGGGCUGGUCCACUGCUGUUACGAGCUAUACGGUGGCGAGACGAGUGGGAAGAUUCUCAGCUGUUUGGCCAGACUCUUCACUGCUUAUCUUCAGCUAUACCGAGGCUUUACGAUGGGUGUGGAGGACAUUUUGGUAAAAAAAGGAGCCAAUAAAAAGAGGAAAAAAAUAAUCAAGGAAUCCCUCAAGAUCGGUACCAAGGCCCUGCAGGCUGCUUUCAACCUGCCUCCAGAUGUGACCCAAGCUGAAGCGCAGAGCCGCUGGCAGGAUGCCCACUUAAAUCCAGACCAGCGGGACUUCAGUAUGGCAGACCAUAAGUUUAAAGAAGUGGCCAACCAAGUUAACAAUGAUAUAAAUAAGGUUUGUAUGCCUAUUGGCCUUCACACUGCCUUCCCUGACAACAACCUCCAACUGAUGGUCCAGUCAGGAGCCAAAGGUUCCACAGUGAACACCAUGCAGAUUUCCUGCCUGUUAGGACAGAUUGAGUUGGAGGGUCGGAGACCCCCACUGAUGCCCUCAGGAAAAUCAUUACCAUGUUUCCAGCCAUACGACCCAUCACCUGGAGCUGGAGGUUUUGUUUCGGGAAGGUUCCUCACUGGAAUCAAACCUCAGGAGUUUUUCUUCCAUUGCAUGGCUGGCAGAGAGGGACUGGUGGACACAGCUGUGAAGACAUCCAGAUCAGGAUAUCUGCAGAGAUGCGUCAUAAAGCACCUGGAAGGUCUGGUGGUGCAGUAUGAUCUGACGGUGCGGGACAGUGAUGGGUCGGUGGUUCAGUUCCUCUAUGGAGAAGAUGGCCUGGAUAUACCCAAGACUCAGUUUCUGCAGCCUCGACAGUUUCCUUUCAUAGAGGACAACUAUGAGGUGAUCCGAAAGUCCCAAGGCUUAGAUGAAGCUGUGGCCCAAUUGGACCCUCAGACAGCCAGUCGACAUUUUGCCUCCGUGCAACGUUGGCUAGCGAAGAGAGACAAGGCUUGUCCGCGGACAGGAGCAUUCCUUUUAUUUUCCCAAAAGAAGUUGGCUAAAUUAAAAGACAGUGAAGAAAACACACAGCCAGAUGUGAAUGGGAGAAGAGCUGUUACUCAUCAGAUCAUCCAGCAGUGGCAGUCUCUGGACCAGGACAGCAAGUCAAAAUACAUCAGGAAAUCGUUGCAUUGCCCUGACCCAAGUCUGGCCUUGUUCAGGCCCGACAUUUCUUUCGGGUCGGUUUCUGAAAACUUCUAUGACAUCACAGAGAAGUAUCUGCAGAGCAAACAAACCGGAGAUGGCCUGGAUCCUCAGAGGCUUCGUCAGCUGUUUAACUACAAGUGGCAGCGCUCGCUGUGUGAUCCUGGGGAGGCAGUGGGCCUUCUGGCUGCUCAAUCAAUUGGUGAACCCUCCACACAAAUGACCCUCAACACCUUCCACUUUGCUGGCAGAGGGGAGAUGAACGUCACUCUCGGAAUUCCUCGGCUGCGUGAGAUCCUCAUGGUGGCCAGCGCCAACAUCAAGACUCCGAUGAUGAGUGUGCCAGUGUUCAAUAACAAAAAAGCUCUGAAGAAAGCCAAAAUUCUUCGGAAGAAACUCUCUAGAGUUUGUCUUUCUGAGGUGCUUCAGAGAGCGGAUGUGGUGGAGACGCUGCGCAUUCAGGGCCACAACAAGCAGCGGAUAUUUAAAGUCACCUUUCACUUCCUGCCGCCAGAACGCUACAACGAGGAUAAGAUGCUAACACCUCAUGCGAUCCUCCACUACAUGGAAACUAGAUUUUUCCGUCUACUCCUGGAAACCGUUAAAAAGCGCAGCGCCAAGUUGGCUUCCAUCACUGUGGAAACGAGAAAGGCCUCCUUCAGAGAUAAAGACCAAGAUGGCAACGUGGUGGCUGAAGGACAUAUGGAAGAAGACCCAGAGGGAGAAGAGACAGGAGAGAUAGUGGAUGACUUGGGCAACGAAGGGGAUGCAGACGCAUCCGACGCUAAGCAAAAAAGCAAACAAGAAGAGGAGGUGGAUUACGAGAGUGAGGAGGACGGUGGGGGGGAGGAGGAUGAGGAUAACGAUGAGCCGGAGGAGGCAAUGCCAGCCAGUGAAGAGAAUGUUACGGAGGCUCCUGAAACAGAGACCACCACAAUAAAUGUGCAGCCGGUAGUCGAACACAUGGCCUCUCAAGGAGCCAUAGAUUCGAUGAGAGUAAAUGCCGUCCUGGUGACAAACCCAGCGAUCGAGAGCUACUGUUAUGAUUAUGAGCACGAGCUCUGGUGUGAGGUGGAGCUGGCCUUACCGGUGAACAAGGUGCACUUUGACCUGACCUCUUUACUGUCGACGCUGGCCCAAAAUGCCAUCAUUAUGGAGACUAGAGGGCUGACCCGCUGCCUUCUGAGUGAGACCACCAACAAGGCGGGCGAAAAGGAAACGCUGCUCAACACAGAGGGCAUCAACAUGCAGGAAAUAUUCAAACACAGUGAUAUUUUAGACGUUAAAAGGUUGUACUCCAACGAGGUCCACGCCAUGGCCCAGACGUACGGGAUUGAAGUGGCUCUGAAAGUCAUUGAGAAGGAGAUAAAAGAUGUUUUUGCUGUUUACGGCAUUGAAGUUGACCCCAGACAUUUGUCACUGGUGGCAGACUACAUGUGCUUUGAGGGCAUGUAUAAGCCUCUUAAUCGACACGCCAUUCUCUCCAACUCCUCCCCACUGCAGCAGAUGACCUUCGAGACAAGCUACAAGUUCCUUAAACAGGCCACCAUGCUGGGGUCAAGAGAUGAGCUGUCCUCACCUUCAGCCUGCCUGGUAGUGGGAAAAGUAGUUAAAGGUGGCACAGGAUUGUUUGAGCUCAAGCAACCUCUGCAGUAGUGUAUAGGUGCCUGAAUUCAUUGUGUUUGAGCAAAACUAUUUUUUAAUGAUUUCCAAACUGGUAAGAUCAUGUUGUAAAUAUGAUAUUGUGCUACAGAGGUUUAACAUAAUAAACAUUUUUGCACAUUUGCGCAAUAUUGGUACUUUCUCUCUGAAAAGAGGAAUCCUGUCUCACUUCUGCACACUUUAGAACACUCAGAAUUAGAGAACUU